AUGCCCAAGUCUUUUGUCUCUUUUCAGGACCCCGAUGAGGCCGACCACUAUUCCUCCCGCCCUGCAACCACGCCGUCCUCCCCUGAAACCCUGCGCAGGACGAAUACUUCCAUGUCUGCGAGCGAAAUAAGAGGCCGUUUACCACCUUCCCUCAUCAUGACUCCAAGAUCAACAGAGCAGAGCGCCCUUUUGGAGGGAGACCACCGCUCUGCCCGCAAGUAUACCGAGAGCAUGCCCGAGUCACCAAAGUCAAGACAGCUGUCGAGGGUAAACAGUACAAGUGACAGUCUACGCAGGCGGAGAUAUUACAGUGCUCGACCCUCUGGAAAUACCAGUCCUGUCUGGAUGCGGAACUCUGGUCUCCGUACGCCGAAGCUAUCCUCGUCCAUGCUGGCAGGCUCCUUGUCCAAAGAUGAUCGGCUGUGGUAUGAUCAAUUCACUUCGACCGACUGGGUGCACGACAGUAUUGCAGAUGGAUACCGUGUCCUGGACAUGAAAAAGCGAAGAGGUUGGCGAGGACGCCUGGCGUUGCUUCUCGACUCAGCUCAGGGUUGGGUUCUCGUGGCUCUGAUCGGCGUGGCUACGGCGGGGAUUGCUUACUUUGUCGACGUGACCGAGUCGGCCAUUUUUGAUAUCAAGCGUGGCUUCUGUCGAGGCGCCUGGUAUCUGGGUCGGACAAACUGCUGUGCUGGCAAAAAAAACUGUGACAGAUGGAGGACCUGGUCCAAACUCAUUCACCCCUCCGGUAUGGACGACAUCUACAUCGACUACGUGGCAUUCGUCAUCGGAUCCAUGGUUCUCGCCGCGCUGGCAUGCUUCAUCACUCUCUAUUCCAAGACAGUCGUACCUUCACACAUUGCCUCUACUUUUGACGAGAAUCUGGGAGCGGUCAAGCAGAACGUGAAUGAUGAUGCCGAUGAGGACAAGUCAGGAGGUGCUCAGCUGCUGCCAACACAAGAUCCCCCGCCUCCAAACGUGUACUACUCGGCCGCUGGAAGUGGUGUUGCCGAAGUCAAGGUCAUUUUGAGUGGCUUUGUUCUCCACGGAUAUCUUGGCCUGCGAGUUUUGGUCCUGAAGACCAUCGCUCUGAUUCUGAGCGUGGCGUCAGGGAUGAGCCUGGGCAAAGAAGGUCCUUAUGUCCAUAUUGCAACAUGCGUGGGCAAUAUUGCUUGCAGGUUGUUCUCCAAGUACAACCUCAAUGACGGUAAGAGAAGGGAGGUCUUAUCCGCCAGCGCUGCCGCUGGGGUGGCCGUCGCUUUUGGUUCACCCCUGGGUGGAGUCCUUUUCAGCCUGGAGGAAGUCAGCUAUUAUUUUCCGUCCAAGACACUGUUCCGAACAUUCUUUUGUUGCAUCGUGGCCGCAUUGUCCCUCAAGUUUCUCAAUCCCUACGGGACGUCCAAAAUUGUCUUGUUUGAAGUCCGUUACACCACCGACUGGCGUUUCUUCGAGCUUUUCAUAUUCAUCUUGCUCGGCGUUGCAGGCGGGCUGGCUGGUGCGCUCUUUAUCAAAGCGUCUAGAUUCUGGGCUACCACAUUCCGGCGCAUCAAAAUCAUCAAGACAUAUCCAAUGCUGGAAGUUCUUCUUGUGGCACUUGUCACUGGCCUCAUCAGCUUCUGGAACCGGUACACCCGACUAGCAGUCACAGAGCUGCUUUUCGAGCUGGCGAGUCCAUGCCAGAAGCAUUCGUCGACGGGUCUCUGUCCUAAAACAGAGGAUGAAAUGCUCAGGGUUAUUGGCUACCUGAGCAUGGCAUUCGUCGUCAAGGCCUUUCUGACGACCAUUACCUUUGGGAUCAAGGUGCCGGCCGGCAUUUACGUACCGUCAAUGGUGGUUGGUGGUCUGAUGGGGCGCAUAGUCGGCCACUUGACCCAGUAUGUUGUUGUCAAGCUGCCAAAUUUCUUCUUGUGGUCGCACUGUCGGGAUGCCGGCAACAUCGAAGCAUGUGUCACGCCUGGAGUAUAUGCCUUGGUGGCGGCGGGUGCUACCAUGUGCGGCGUCACACGUCUCUCUGUCACCUUGGCGGUCAUCCUGUUUGAACUGACAGGAAGCCUUGACCAUGUGCUACCCUUCUCUCUGGGCGUCCUCUGUGCCAAAUGGACCGCCGACGCCGUCGAGCCCCUGAGCAUAUAUGACCUUCUCACCGACAUGAAUUCGUAUCCAUUUCUAGAUAACAGGAGCACGCCGGUCUUCGACUCGGAACUCGGAGACAUCACGCCCCGGUUCCGAAGGGACAAAGUGAUUGACAUCACAAUAUCCCCUCUUGUCAAGGCCAGUGAUUUGCGAGCCAAACUCCGCCGCCUACAAAAUCUGGGCGAACUCGACGGCGGUCUGCCUAUCCUCCGAGACAAGAAGUUGGUCGGGCUGAUCCCGGCCCCAGACUUGGAGUUCGCUCUGGACAGGGUAGAGGAUGAGGAUAACGCCUUUUGCUUACUCUCCACCGGGGAUCAUGCGCACAAUACGCAUCGCCGUUACUGGGAAGCGUUUGAGGAGGCUGGCUACGAUUCCGGAAGGGACGACUCUGACGAUCAGGACUCGCCGGCCAGCAAUCCGACCGAUUUGACUCCUUAUAUCGACCCUGCACCGGUGGCGUUGGACAUGCAUUCGCCAAUGGAUCUUGUGUAUCAAUGCUUUGUCAAGUUGGGUUUGAGGUACAUUUGCGUGUUGAAUGAGGGUGAAUACAGAGGAAUGGUGCAUAAGAAGGCGUUUGUGAGGUAUAUCAAGACCCUGGAGCACGCGGGAGGUCGUCAUUGA